AUGGACAGAACUGAAAAGAAGUCUUAUUUCAGCAUGGUGAUGCAUACUGAUGAUAUAUAUGGCUGGCCUUUGACAGCACUGACAGAAAAAGUACAAGAAGACACAACUGAAUCCAUUAUGCUUGGCCCCUGCGGGGCAUGCCGGCGGCCCCUCCUGCCCGCAGGCCUGGGCAGAGCCGACCCCGGGCGAGGGCACGCGGACUGUGUCCAAACGAAGAGGGGAAGAAGAGCUGUGCUGGAAGCAGAUGGACAUCAGGUUAUCCUAGAAGAGAUGCCAGACUGGAAUGUUGUAGAACUCGUAGUGAAUGGCGAAACUGUGUUCCAGUGCAAUAUUAAAGACCUCGACUUCGGAGGUGAUGGCAAGUUGGAUCCACUUUGUGAAGAAGCCAGAGUAGCAGUGUUGAAUGCCUAUUGAUUAUCAGGCACAUUUCCUCUCUGUCCCUGGAUUAUAUAGACUAAUUAUAAUAAUUUUACAAGGUAUCAGAUGUCAGACUGCAGGUAGUUCUAUACAUUUUCAUACCUCGUAGCAGGUUUCUACAUAACUGCAUUGAAUAUUGCCAUGUGUGAAACAAGAAUACUAUCUUCUUACAGAACUAUAUACUUACUUAAUUUUAAUGAUUCCCACAAGUUUCUAAUACAUUUAUUUACAUCAAAAAAGUAUUCUAGCUUCUUUUCUAUAAAUCUUAGAUGGCUAAUAUAUGUUGUUUUACAGAAAACAUGAAAACCCGCAUCCUAAAUUAAGACCAAUUUAGAAUUAAGGCUAAAUUUAACUACACUGUCAUGCAGUUAAUAGGCUGGAUUUAUUUUUAAGACAUCAGAAUGAUAAAUCUGGCCCUUAAUGCUGCCCUAUGAAAACCAGAAUCUUUUCACUAUCAUUGGCCACCCAUAACAAACAGAUUAAUUUAAUCACUGACCACAAAUUUGGAGUUCCUUACUCAAACAUACAGAGGUUGUAUCAGCUCCACCCUUUUUAAUAGCUAGAAACAUUUUGUAGAGAAAAAUAUACUUUUAAUUUUGUACCUACCAUUAAGAUUCAAUGGUCUAUCAGUUUUUCUUGGGUUAUUAGACACCAAUGUAGGGAAGGAAGAUGGGAGAAUAACAUUAUUAUAAACUCAGGUUAAGGUUGCUUAGAUGACCAUAACUGAAUAUUAAUCUAUUUCUGAAGUUUGUGGGACAAUAGUUCAUUGGUAACUCAGAUUUUCUGAUUCUCUAAUUUUUGUUAAUUUCAAUACAUGUUUUCAACCUCAACUUCACUUUACAAUUUUUGGCUCAGGUUAAUACAGCUGUUUGCCAGUAGUUCUUUGCCAGGAUGCUGGUAUUCUUGAAAGGUUGUUUAGUUCGUCAGAAACAAACCAAGCGUAUUUCCUUCCUCUGGAAUAGAACUCCUUGGAUCAGCAUUUGUAUCACAGUGCAACCAUUUCAACAAAAUGUACAUGAUAUUAGACAUCCUUAGGUAUUAGUAGGUAGUACAACUGCAGUUUCUAAGAACAUGGCUAUGGCGAGACAAAGGCUGGCUGUUAUAGAGCUAGAGAAAAAUCCUAUAACUCUCAAUACCUCCAACCAACUUUGGUCUGCAGGGAGAGGUCUUAAUUACAAAUGACCAAACUACAUUGACUUACAGUGUGGAUCUGAAGCAAAAUCAUGAAACACUGUCAAAAUACCACCACUAUGCCCUACUAUGGUCCCUUACUAAUAACUCAAGGAUGCCAGAGGCUCUGAAUAACCUAUUCUUCAAUAAGUGGUACAAACUAAACAUACCAGUCACUAAAUUGUGAGAAGCAGGAACUUUUUUUUCAAUCUUCUGAAGGAACAAUAAAGACAGCACUUUUGCUUUCUAUAAUUUUGAGACUUUUUUAUUUAAACUCAGAAGAAGCACAGUAGAAACCCACUAGUAUCUGUACAAAGUUAUAUAUACAAAAAGCUAUUAAUAGUGACACAAAUGACAGAUGUUCUGUACUUAACAAUGAUCACUAUGAAAAUCUGAGCCCUAGUCUUACAUUUUUGUCCUCCCAUCUGAACUGCACUUGCUAGGAACAAUAUAAAAGCCCUAUAGAGUUCCCCCAGCAUAGGACAUAUGGAACGUACAUGCAAGCUGUCUUUAGAGGACCCUCUAGCAGACAUGCAAGGUUAAAGCAAUAGCAGCACAGAAAGCUGGCUAAGUUUCACUGGGAGUCAUUGCAUCUCCUGGAGCAGCCCAGAAUCAGGAGGGCACAGUGGUGCCUUUAAACUACCUACCCAUGUCUUCUGGUCAGCAGAUUCUGCACUGUACCUCUUAGCCUGAUUCAACUAAUUGUUUAACCACAAAAUAAUCCUUUACAGAAUGGAAGCCAGAUCCCACAAGCACGCCUGGAACAUCUAUUGGACUCGGUAGAGUUUAGGCAUAUAGGCUAUGGACAGAAAUUACACAAACUGGUAUAAGUGAUAGGAAACUGGUUUAAAUCUGUAACAACAGAAGUUCAGUGCACAUGAACUGCUUUCAAAAUAGCUGAAACUAGUUUAAGAUAAACCUGGAUGGAUGUAGUAUCAGACUUAACCAAUUUAGGUUAAAUUGGUUUAUUGAAUUUCUGUCCCAGAUUCCCUCCAGAUUCAAGUUAACUUGCAGUCCCCCAGUAUGCCAGCAUGCUUUGUACCUUCCUAGCAAACCCCUCUUCACAGGAAUAGGCAGGCUAGCCUUGGCCCAAGCUGUCUGCUCCAGUUGAGCAGAAAGGCAUGGUCUAACUGCCCCCUCCCCCCACAAGCUUCUGGCCUGGGUCACUGCAGGCAAGUGGCUGCAUUUCCAG